AUGGGUAAAAACAAAAGACUCAAGUCCUUAUCCAAGAAAGUUAAAGGAGGACCCGGGAAACCUAAAGCACCCCAAUCAACCGGAACCACCAAACCCAGCUCUGCUGCCAAAAAGUCGACACCCAAUUCAUCCUCGAUUACACCCUUGAAACCUCAUAAAUCCGCCCAAUACAGCAGCCCCAUAAUCCCCCUUUCCUCCAGCGAUUCCAUCCUUUUGAUCGGUGAUGGCGAUCUCUCAUUCGCGAGUUCUUUAAUUACUCACCACCAUGUGCACAAAUUGACCGCAACGGUUUAUGAGAAUGCCUUACCCGUUCUACUCGAGAAAUAUCCGCAAGCGGAAGAGAAUAUCAAGGUGAUUGAGGAAGCAGGAGCAGUGGUGAAAUACGGUGUUGAUGCUAUGAAGAUGAAGCCUUGGACGACGGCGAAGAGAGGGAAGGGGGACGGAUCGAUGGAUAGAGUGAUCUUUAACUUUCCGCAUGUGGGUGGGAAGAGUACGGAUAUAAAUCGACAGGUUAGGUACAACCAAGAACUCCUCGUCGCUUUCCUCCGCAAUUCCAUCCCUUCUCUCUCAUCGCGCAAAGGUUCCUCAAUAAUCGUCACCAUAUUCGAAGGCGAGCCCUACACCCUCUGGAAUAUUCGGGAUCUGGGUCGCCAUGCGGGAUUGGAAGUGGAAAGGAGUUUCAGAUUCCAAGCGAGCGCAUAUCCGGGGUAUAAACAUGCGAGGACAUUGGGAGUGGUGAAAGGGGGUGGUGGAUGGAAGGGGGAGAAUAGGGCUUCGAGAAGUUAUGUUUUUGUGAGGAAAGGGGAGGGAGCUGCGCCUGGACCUGGGAAUGGAAAGAGGAAGAGGGGGGAUAGUGAUGAUGAGAGUGGUGAGGAUGAGGGGGGAGAAGAGGAUGAGGGAGAAGAGGACGAUGAGGGAGGAGAUUUUGAAGAUUUUGAGGAUGAGAUGGCUGAGAAAGAUGAGGGGGGCAAUAAUGGAUCAGAAGAUGAGGGAAAUGAGGAGAAUGGACUUGAAGCCCCUCACGAGGUAGAAGACGACGAUGAGCCCACAACCGAAAAUUGGACCGAGACGAGAUGA